AUGCUUGUCCUCUCCACCCUCCACGAACUGCUCUCACAAGUGCUGGACCUCCCAGACUUGCACACCGCCGCACUAUUAACACCCGAGGGUCAUCUCGUGUCGUACGCGGCAGGUCCUGCAAGAUCGAAGGAUGACGUGCUUGUGCUGGUCGGAUUGAGUGGCGAAGUCUGGCAGGAGUCAGGCGAGCUGGGGAUUGGGAUGGCUGAGAGCGAGCUUGGAAAGAUACUCGUCGUUCCAGUUGAAAGUGAGGAAGACCAGGCUGGCAAGGGACCCGAGGACGCUGAAGACGACCCGCUCAUGCUCGUCGCAUUGAAUGCUGCCUCCACCGUGGAAUGGGAGGAUCUCAAGGACAAGGCGAAGGUCUUGACGAACCACCUCGCGGGCCCCAUUGGUAAACUGCGAGCGCCACUAGCGGCUGCAGCUAUCGUACCGGCAAGCACUACGGGGAGACGCCCUCGGUGAUUACUACUCACUGUGGAGAUAUGGCCGAGCUUGUGUGUUCUCUACUCACACGGUAUGCACUUGGUGGAGAUUGUCGUUCUGAAUGUAUCGUCCCACCCCAUGGAGGAACCGCUGUAUUUUAUAUUGUGUAUGAUACGAGUGCGUGUGUGAAGGAAUAUGGUAGAAAUAGACAUGAAG